AUGGAAAAAUUCAAUCCAAGAAAGAACAAGAUUGUGGAGAAACAAGGUCCAAAGCUUUGGUUAGCAAUCUCACCAACACUUGUGUUCUAUUUUCUCUAUCUGUUUCAGAUAAAUCAAUUCGUGACCUAUCUCCUUUUCUCCGACAAAGCAACCCUUAAUAUCCUUCUUAAGGCUAAACAAGAAGGAACAGAUACUUGCGCCGGAAGGUACAUCUAUAUGCACAAUCUUCCCAGCAGAUUCAAUGAUGAUCUGAUCAAGAACUGCGAAGCAUACAUCGAAUUACGCAAUAAGUGCAAUUUCCUGGUCAACUCCGGCUUCGGUCCACGGAUUUCGAAUGACGAUCAUAACCAAACCACUCAGUUCUUAACCACCGAAACCGGUUCUUGGUACUCUACGAACCAAUUCAUGCUCGAGGUUAUCUUCCGAGAGAAAAUGAGACACUACGGGUGUUUGACCAACGAUUCAUCCCUUUCUUCUGCGGUUUUCGUGCCGUUCUAUGCUGGUUUCGAUGUGAGACUAUUUUGGGGAUACAACGUGAAGCAAAGGGACGAACUUGGUGAAGAUCUGGCUCGAUGGCUUAGUGGUAGACCAGAGUGGAGGAGAAUGUACGGACGAGAUCAUUUCUUUGUGGCGGGACGGGUCGGUCGGGAUUUCAGGAGGCUUUCUGAUCAAGACUCAGAUUGGGGAAACAAACUGUUGAGGUUGCCUGAAUUUGAGAACAUGACUAUGUUAUCGAUUGAGACUAAUUCUUGGAGCAAUGAGUUUGCGGUUCCUUAUCCGAGUUAUUUCCAUCCGAAGAGUGAAAUCGAUGUUAAGAGAUGGCAGAGGCAAGUGAGGAUGAAACAGAGACGAUUUUUGUUUUCGUUUGUUGGAGCUCCGAGGCCGAACUUGAAGGAAUCUAUAAGAGGAGAGGUUAUAAGUCAGUGCCUUGCUUCACAAGGAAAAUGCAAGUUUCUUAAUUGUGAAACAAAUAAGUAUUGUGGUGAUCCGGUUAAGGUAAUGGAUGUGUUUCAAGAUUCGGUUUUCUGUUUACAACCGCCAGGAGAUACGCCUACUCGAAGAUCGACAUUUGAUUCGAUUUUAGCCGGUUGUAUACCGGUUUUCUUUAAUCGGGAUUCGGUUUAUAACCAGUACAAGUGGUUCUUCCCAAAGGAUCAUACCAAGUAUUCGGUUUACAUUUCGGAGGAAGACGUGAAAAUUGGUAAGGUUAGUAUUGAGAAUCUAUUGAUUAUGAUUAGUGAAGAGAGGAUUUUGAGUAUGAGGAACGAGGUUGAGAAGAUUAUACCGAAGAUAAUUUAUACAAAACCGAAGGUGGUUGGACCGGAUAAGAUUGAAGAUGCAUUUGAAAUUGCAAUGGCUAGGGUUCUUGAGAGAGUGUCAUUGUUCAAGAUGCCACGGAUCUAG